AUGGCCACCAUUCUUCAUGAGGAGGCACUUUCGACUGAACUUCUCCAAGAUUUGAAGAAUAGUGGAUUCACGACUCGUUUUCUUCAAUCCCAGUGGGAAGAGCAAAAGUCUUUGCAGCUCUCCGUUCGGGCUUACAAUGACCAAGCUGGAAUGAAAAAGUUCGCAAAACUUUUGGAAGCCGAACGGUCGGCUCAGGCACAUUCGGAUGCAUUGGAAGCCAUAAAGAAGGAGCUGGAUCGUAUCGUCCUGAUACGAACAAUGGCCGAUAGUUCUACCGAUCAAGCUGCUCAGCACCUGCAGGAGUUACAUGAUGAAUCCCAAAAAUGCUUGCAUGAUUUGACUGCCCAAAUCGGUCUGUCCGAUCUGAAACUUCCGCGAAAUCCAUCUGGCCCAGAAAGGGACUACAUCGAGAAAUAUAUUCUAGCCCGGUUCCGCAAACAUUCUAUACUUAUCUGCUUAGCCAAGUACCAGGAUGAGAUGAACCCUGUUUGAAGCUCCCAACGGCGUGGAGGGCGGCUAGUUGCAAAAGUCGUACUUUAAGGAUACUCGAGGAUGGUCUCAGUGUUUAGUAGUGCAAACGACCACGCCCAAACCAUUUCUGCCCAUGUUGCACAAUAUAACAAGCUUGUCAACAGCCUCGAACAUUCCGUCAGACCAUCCUGGUUCCCAGACUCUCAAGUGCAUGUGAAAAUGAAUGCCAAAGAGGUGCUCAAUAUGGACCCCAGUGAUGAAUGAUGGACUAAGAUGUGGGAGAGCCUGUGGAACUCCAACUGGUCCCUGGAUGAGAAACCACCGGCCUUCAUUGUCAAUCAGCAGGUUCGCCAUGGGAUAGCAGUGAUGCUAUCACUUGCUCGUAUUGAGGAAGAAAAGUGCAGGCUUGCCUGAGAAGAACUUAAUG